AUGGAAGCCUGGGAUCGCGCUGUGGCCACCAUGAAGAAGGGCGAAACCUCGAAGUUCACCGUGCCAGAGAUGUACCUCUCAGGAGGUCCUGAUUGCUGGAGGAAAAAUCUUCCAGAUGAUGGACAGGAUGUCAUCUUCGAGUUUGAGCUAGUUGCCGUCAGACCUAUCACGGACCUGUUUGGGGAUGGCGGUGUGAUCCAGAAUCUCUUAGAGGAGUCCGAUGAUUAUGGUCAAUCUCCAAAGACCACGGAUGAGGUCCAGAUCCAUUUUAUCACUACGGUGAAAGUCAGCGACGAGGAGACAGCACCACUGGUUGAGCAGGGCCAGUCCGUUGAUUUUCGGAUGGCUAGCCCCAGUCUGAACAACAUGCUUUGUGCAAAGGCCAUCCACAAGGCGCUGCUGUCAAUGAAAGCUGGCACGAGUGUGCGGCUUGUAUGCCGCAGCGACUACGCGGCUGGAGAUCAGGGCGACGAGGAGCGUGGAGUGCCUCCCAAAGCUUCUGUGGUGGUGUGCCUUUCGUUGCUGCAGAUCUACGAGUUCGACGAUGCCGGCAAGAAAGCCUCAUGGGAAGAGAAUUUGGUCGUUAGGAAAGCCAUUGUGCCAAUCAGAAACCGGCUGUGUCCUGGAUGGGAUGGCACUUGGUGCAAGGUGAAGAUAAAAAGCGUGAAGGUGGGUGAGGAGGAGAAGCUGGGUGAGGAAAUGAUUGUGAACACCAUCGUUGGCAAGGGUGAGCUGUGCGAUGCUUUGGAGGCAGCUUCUGCGCGCAUGCGCAAAGGAGAAGUGGCCCUGAUCACGGUCAAGCCCAUCCCAUCUUUGCACGCACCAGGGGCCCCGGAUCUCGAGAUCUCGGGCACCGCCAACGUGGUGUACAAUGUUGAGAUGAUAGACUUUGGUAACCCACCUCCGGAGGAAGGGCCCAGCGAUUCCACGGAUUUGCUGGAGUUCUGCAAGAAGCAGAAGGAGCAAGGCUCCGCUCAUUUCAAGUCGGGGCGCAUCCGGCUGGCUUAUGAGCGCUACUCAAGAGUCGUUGCCCUCACACCCCGCUACAAGCGGCCAUUGGGCAGUUCUAGCAGUGUGGAGGUUUUCGAGGAUCCAGAAGAGCGGAGAGAAGCUGAGGAGCUGAAGAAGACCUGCCGGCUAAAUUUGGCCGCUUGCGCCUUGAAGCUGGACCUGGCAUACUCUGCUUCCCGCUUUUGCGACGAAGUGCUGAAGGAGGAGCCUGGCAACAUCAAGGCGCUCUAUCGCCGCGCUCAGGGUCUCCUGGGGUCAAAUGACUUCGAGGAGGCCGUGCGCGACUGCAAGUCCAUCCUGGAGCUCGAGCCGACCAAUAAGGACGCCAGGCUCCUGAUGCAGAAGGUCAAGCAAGCCGAGAAGGAGCAGCUGAAAAAGCAGAAGGAGCGGUUCGGAGCUUCUUUGGCGAGAGAGCUCGCAUAG